GUGAUUGUGACGUUUGGCAUUUAAAAAGAGGACGUGUCAAAUGAUGAACGGGAUUUGUGUUCGUAAACGAAAGUGAAUUUUGUAAAUAAAAGCAAACAAAAUAACAAUUAUUAAUCCCGCUGAAUUCACCGCACAGUUAUAAACCGUAAAUAAGUGUCAAAGUUACGAGUUACGAGUUUUAUUUCGAGUGUGAAUAAAUUAUUGUUUUAUUCAUAAACAAAGUAGGUACAGGAACAAUGCGUGUGGGAUAUUCGAAAUUUGAAUGACUCGGUGUGUUGGUGCCGCGAAAAAAUUAAUGAGAAAAAAGUUUUUACAUUUUUUUAAAAUGACUGGUGUACACAGAGACGCGCCGAUCGGAAUUCAGUGUUUACAAAAACUUAGUUCAUGGCUUUGUCCUCGAUGGCAAAUAAACAGAUUACGAUGGUACCAAGUGAGUGUGCUAAUCCUAACCUACUUCACAUACAUGACAUAUCACCUCACACGGAAACCGAUCUCGGUGGUUAAGAGCAUACUACAUCAGAACUGUAGUGCGCUACCACCGCCUGAUUUUGUGCCGGCAGACGAUCAGUGGUGUAACUGGCCGCCUUUCAACACAAAUGACGCGAACACGCUUCUUGGAACGUUGGACUCUGCGUUUCUUUUCAGUUACGCAGCGGCCAUGUUUGUUUCCGGUAUGAUAGCUGAGCGAGUGGAUCUUCGGUACUUUCUGUCACUCGGCAUGAUGUUCUCCGCGAUCUUGUGUUAUUUAUUCGGUCUCGCGAAAACAUUGAAUAUACACAACAUAUCUUAUUAUUUACUUGUACAGGCAGGGGCUGGUGUAGCACAAACCACAGGUUGGCCGGGAACAGUAGCCAUAGUAGGAAAAUGGUUCGGUAACACGAAAAAGGGCUUGAUUUUUGGCGUGUGGAACUCUCAUACGUCACUAGGUAAUAUUUUGGGUACAAUAAUGGCGGCAGAAUACGUGGAACACGAUUGGUCGCUAUCUUUCAUAUACCCAGCUUUAGUUAUGGGUAUAAUUGGAUUCUUUGUGUUCCUGUUUCUCGCACCAGAGCCUAGGUGUGUGGGACUCAGUGUUGAUCGGUCUUCGCCAAGCAGACAGCCCCGAAGGUCGAUAGAUGAAGACGAACCCUCACAAGUUAUAGUUGGUGAUCAGACGGCCAGCUUGCGGCCGAACCGGCAUUCAGCCAACUCGCCACCGUACCAAGAAGACGAACCGUCAGAAGAAACAUCACUCCUUUCAAGGCGGCCGCGACAAACUAAUGCCGUCUCGCUCACACGCGCGCUAGCUAUACCGGGAGUUAUAGAGUUCUCUCUUUCACUCUUCUUUGCUAAGCUCGUGAGCUACACGUUUCUGUAUUGGCUCCCGUUGUAUAUAAAUUCGUCAACCGCACUAACACCCCGACAAUCCGGUGAACUUAGCACUGCGUUUGACGUGGGCGGAGUGGUUGGUGCUAUAGUGGCCGGAGUGUUAGCAGACGCAGCCGGGUGUCCAGCGCUAGUGUGCACCGCUUUCUAUGCGUUAUGUGCGCCUACGCUCCUUCUCUACCAAUGGUGGGGAGCUACAUCGUACGUGUUGAAUGUAACACUAUUGGUGAUUGCCGGCGUGUUGGUGAACGGGCCGUACGCUCUCAUCACCACCGCUGUUAGCGCGGAGCUUGGUACCCACAGCAGUUUGUCGGGUGAUUCUCAAGCUCUGGCUACAGUCACUGCCAUAAUAGACGGCACCGGGAGUAUCGGUGCAGCCGUGGGCCCGAUGCUAGCGGGCGUUGUGUCUAGCGCUGGGUCUUGGUCGCAUGUAUUCUAUAUGUUGAUUAGUUGCGAUUUCAUGGCCCUGUUGUUGUUGUUACGAAUGGCAAGAUCAGAAGUGAUGAAAAUCAGACAAGAGAGGCGGCUUGCAUCACCGCGGCUAGUUCGUAUCGAGUAACAGUAUUAUGGUGCAAAUAUUUAUAAUAAAAUGGAUAAUUAUGACGGUG